GUGUCCGCGGGCCGCGGGGGAGUUUUGGUCGCCGUCGUCAUGGCACCCAAAAAGAAAGGGAAGAAAGGCAAAGCCAAAGGCACUCCUGUUGUUGAUGGACUUGCUCCGGAGGACAUGAACAAGGAACAGGUGGAGGAGCAUGUCAACCGCAUUCGGGAGGAGCUGGACCGAGAGCGAGAGGAGCGCAACUACUUCCAGCUGGAGCGGGACAAAAUCCACACCUUUUGGGAGAUCACUCGGAGGCAGCUGGAGGAGAAGAAGGCUGAGCUGCGAAACAAAGACCGGGAGAUGGAGGAGGCAGAGGAGAGGCACCAGGUGGAGAUCAAGGUAUACAAACAGAAGGUGAAGCACCUUCUGUAUGAGCACCAGAAUAACCUCACUGAAAUGAAGGCAGAGGGCACUGUAGUCAUGAAGCUGGCCCAGAAGGAGCACUGUACACAGGAGGGAGCACUUCGCAAGGAUAUGCGGGCACUGAAGGUGGAGCUUAAGGAGCAGGAACUGGCCAAUGAAGUUGUGGUGAAGAAUCUCCGGCUGAAACAUGCUGAAGAGAUCACCAAGUUGCGGAAUGACUUUGAGAGGCAAGUUCGAGAAAUUGAAGCCAAGUAUGAUAAGAAGAUAAAGAUGCUGAGAGAUGAGCUUGACCUACGGAGAAAGACUGAAAUCCAUGAAGUGGAGGAGAGGAAGAAUGGCCAGAUCAAUAUACUGAUGCACCGCCAUGAGGAGGCCUUCACUGACAUCAAGAACUACUACAAUGACAUCACACUUAACAAUCUGGCCCUCAUCAACUCCCUCAAGGAGCAGAUGGAGGACAUGCGGAAGAAGGAAGAGCACCUAGAGAGGGAAAUGGCAGAGGUGUCUUUGCAGAAUAAGCGCCUGGCAGAGCCUCUCCAGAAGGCACGAGAGGAAAUGAAUGAGAUGCAGAGGAAGCUUAGGAACUAUGAAAGGGAUAAACAGAUCCUGGUUUGUACAAAAGCACGUUUGAAGGUUUCUGAGAAAGAUCUGAAAGAUCUGCAGUGGGAGCAUGAGGUGCUGGAACAGCGUUUCAUUAAGGUGCAGCAGGAGAGGGAUGAGCUCUACCGGAAGUUCACCACAGCCAUCCAGGAAGUGCAGCAGAAGACAGGCUUCAAGAAUUUGGUGCUGGAGCGCAAGUUGCUGGCACUGAAUGCCGCCGUAGAGAAGAAAGAAGUGCAAUUCAAUGAGGUGUUGGCAGCCUCCAACCUGGACCCUGCAGCUUUGACUCUGGUGUCUCGCAAGCUUGAGGAUGUACUGGAAUCAAAGAAUACCACCAUCAAGGACCUACAGUAUGAGCUGGCCCGGGUCUGCAAGGCCCACAACGACCUGUUGCGCACAUACGAGGCAAAGCUGCUGGCCUUUGGGAUCCCACUGGACAACUUGGGUUUCAAGCCCCUGGAGACGGCUGUGGUUGGGCAGAUGCUGGGCCAGGGCCCUGCAGGACUUGUGGGUACCCCAACGUAGCUGCGUUCCCAGCUGCAACCCAUGGAGCUGCCCUCGCAUCGUUUUUGAGAUGAUACUGCUUUCAUACCGACAAGAGAAAGGCUUUGUUUUGUUGACAUCAUCAUCAGCAAAUGAAGGUUUUCCACAUUUCA